CUGGCCCCCAAGAGGACCCUCUCCAAGUCCCCAGCUGGGGGCCCCGCGUAGAGCUGGAGUGGACGCCCCCUCCUUCCCUUCAUGAUUCGUUUGUAGCACAGUGGCGAUGGAUGAUGAGGAUGGGAGAUGCUUACUAGACGUGAUUUGUGACCCUCAGGCCCUCAACGACUUCUUGCAUGGAUCCGAGAAGCUCGACAGUGAUGACCUCCUGGAUAACCCCGGGGAGGCCCAAAGUGCCUUCUAUGAAGGUCCUGGGCUCCAUGUGCAAGAAGCUUCCGGCAACCACCUAAACCCGGAGCCCAGCCAGCCGGCCCCCAGCGUGGACCUAGACUUCCUGGAAGAUGACAUCCUGGGCUCUCCCGCCACGGGGGGUGGCGGCGGGAGCAGCGGGGGUGCGGACCAGCCCUGCGACAUCCUCCAGCAGAGCCUCCAGGAGGCCAACAUCACGGAGCAGACACUCGAGGCUGAGGCCGAGCUGGACCUGGGCCCCUUCCAGUUGCCCACCCUGCAGCCUGCGGAUGGCGGGGCGUGCCCGGCGGGUGCUGGAGGGGCAACCGCGGUGGCCGCAGGGCCCCAGGCCCUCUUCCCGGGCAGCACCGACCUGCUGGGACUGCAGGCCCCGCCCACCGUGCUGACCCACCAGGCUCUGGUGCCGCCGCAGGACGUGGUCAACAAAGCCCUGAGCGUCCAGCCCUUCCUGCAGCCCGUGGGCCUGGGAAAUGUGACCCUGCAGCCCAUCCCGGGCCUCCAGGGCCUGCCCAAUGGCAGCCCCGGGGGCGCUGCGGCGGCCACACUAGGCCUGGCACCCAUCCAGGUGGUGGGCCAGCCGGUCAUGGCGCUCAACACGCCCACCUCACAGCUCCUGGCCAAGCAGGUACCCGUCAGCGGCUACCUGGCCUCGGCGGCUGGCCCCUCGGAACCGGUGACCCUGGCGUCGGCCGGCGUGUCCCCUCAGGGGGCUGGCCUCGUCAUCCAGAAGAACCUCCCGGCUGCCGUGGCCACCACGCUCAAUGGGAACUCUGUCGCCGUGGCCAUGCUCAACACCCCUGACGGGCUGGUGCAGCCGGCCACCCCUGCUGCCGCCACCGGGGAGUCUGCGCCGGUCCUCACGGUGCAGCCUGCACCCCCGACGGUCAGCACGCCGCUGCCCCUGGGCCUCCAGCCGCCGCAGGCUCAGCAGCCUCCACCAGCCCCUGCCCCGCAGGCCACCACCCCAUCUCAGGCCAGCACCCCCCAGCCCAGCCCAGGACUGGCGUCCAGCCCAGAGAAGAUCGUCCUAGGCCAGCCACCCUCCGCCGCAGCCACGGCCAUCCUCACUCAGGACUCCCUGCAGAUGUUUCUGCCCCAGGUAACCAGGGCCAGUGGGCGGGGAGCAGGAAUCCCCACGGAGAAGGGGUGA